AUGCCAAGUCUCCUGUCUGUGAAGCCUGGUGAAAUCGUCUUCCCCAACACUUUGUAUCAAUCGGUCAACACGACCUUGUCCCUGACUAACGUUGACGGGGACAAGAAGGCGGUGGCUUUCAAAAUCAAGACGACUGCUCCUCGCAAUUAUCUAGUUCGACCCUCUUCUGGUGUUGUUGCUGCCGAUGCCACUGUAGAUGUGCAGAUCAUUUUGCAGCCGCAAACCUCGGAUCCGAGCCUCAACACAGAUAGAUUCCUCAUUCAAGCCACCACCAGUGCCACAGGUCAGCCUCUUGAACGUGAUGAGUGGGCUCGCGUUGCCAAGGCGGAUAUUCACGAGCAACGUCUCCAUGUUAUCUUCAAGCCAGCUGAGGAAGGCUCUCAGACCAAGGAUGGUGCUGUUGCUGCUGUGCCCUCUGCUGCUCCUACGAGCUCAGCCAAUAUCGCAGCUGGAGAGCUGAGAGGAAAGUACGAUGAACUAGUUCAGUAUACACUGUCAAUUGAAAAGGAAAAGUCCAAGUUGGAGAAAGAGCUUGAGGCUAAUAAGGCUCGUAGUGCGGUAGUGGCUCGCUCUUCUUCGGGAUUCACGACUAUGCAGCUGCUCAUUUCUAUGGUUAUCGCGGUCAUCAUCUCUCGUUUAGCAGCACUCUAUGGGUACUAA